GCCGUACGCGACGACGCAGCCCUCUUCCUGCAGCGCGGCGUUAGCCGGGUAACGUGGUAAUGUUGCUGCUCGAGAGUCUCAAGUUGUAACCGGCGGUGGUGAAUUAUCAUUGUGCUGGUCUGCUGUAUCCAUCUUGAUGCAACCUUGUGUCUGAAAAUACACCAGUCUCUGACACCAGACCCUAAAACUGAGGUCAAAGAUGACUGAUCCAGAUGUUGUGACUGAGGUGCCUGCAGCUUUGAAACGUCUUGCCAAAUAUGUUGUAAGAGGAUUUUAUGGGCUGGAACAUGCACUGGCCUUGGAUAUCCUCAUUAGAAACCCCUGUGUCAAAGAGGAGGACAUGCUGGAGCUGCUGAAAUUUGACCGCAAACAACUGCGAGCAGUCUUGAACACAUUGAAAAAUGACAAAUUUAUUAAAAGUAGAAUGCGAGUUGAAACUGCUCCAGAUGGUAAAACUACAAGACACAAUUAUUACUUCAUAAACUACCGCCUUCUCGUCAACGUGGUGAAGUACAAACUUGACCACAUGAGGCGUAGGAUUGAAACUGAUGAACGCGAUUCCACCAACAGGGCCUCUUUUAAAUGUCCCACCUGUUUCAACACAUUCACAGAUCUGGAAGCAAACCAACUAUUUGAUCCAAUGACAGGAACAUUCCGAUGCACCUUCUGUCACACUGAGGUGGAAGAGGAUGAAUCUGCAUUACCAAAGAAGGAUGCCAGAACACUGUUGGCAAGAUUUAAUGAACAGAUUGAACCAAUCUAUGCUCUAUUGCGAGAAACUGAAGAUGUUAAUUUGGCCUAUGAAAUCCUGGAGCCAGAACCAACAGAAAUUCCAUCGCUUAGGGCAAGUCAACGGGCACUUGGGGCUGGCAGUGGAGCUACACACCUUCAAAAAGAAUCAUGGGCAAACAAAGGGCCUACGUAUGAGGAUCUCUACACUCAGAAUGUCAUCAUUAACAUGGAAGAACAUGAUGCUCAGCAUAAAAUUGUAUCUGAUGGAAAGCCUGCUAAAGAGAGACCAAUCUGGAUGAGGGAGAGCACUGUCCGAGGAAGCUUUAAAGAUUUAGAAGAAGUGGAAGGUAAUAAUGAUGUUGACUCAUGCCAUGAUCGUGAGGGGAAGGGGAAUCCAAUGGAAGCAAAUGAAGAAGUCAUGCAAACCCUGCUAAUCCAUGAAAAGAAGAGUACAUCUGCAACCGUGGCUGCAGCUGCUGCAAUCCCAACUUCAAAUGCCAGUGAUUCAGAAAGUGAUACUAGUGAAUCAGAGGAUGAAUCACCUCGGCCACAGGCACCUGCAGUGUCAUUCCCAGCAGCAGCAGCAGCAGAAGAUGAUGAAGAGUUUGAAGAAGUGGAGGAUGAGCCAAUUGUGAUGGUAGCAGGUCAGCCAUAUUCAUAUAGCCAGGUCAGCCAAUGCGUUGAGCUAGUGGCACAGAUGACUGCUGAAGAGAAGGAAGCAUAUAUUGCCAUGGGGCAAAGAAUGUUCCAGGAGAUGUAUGACUGACCAUUGUCACAAUACAAUAACAUUUUAAAAGUCACAAUCAUAGAUUUUCUAAGGUUUUACUAGUCAGUGUUUCCACAAUUUUAAUUGUAUCUGCCAAAUUGUUAAGAGAUCGCAUUGCUUUCUAAACAAAAUUACAGGCUGGAUUUUAGAAGUAUUUCAAAUCAUAAGUAUUAUUUUUAAGAGAUUAAAAGGAUGCAGCGCCCAGUUAAUUUUAAAGCUGUGUACUUCAAGGAUUCUUAUUUUUAUCGCAUUUUUCCCUCCUGUCUAGGUGACACUGAACUUCAUGAAACACCCUUUGAGCCAGUAUAGUUGAAUGAGGCAAUGAUACAACUUGUUCAACUAAGAAAAGAUGUUUUUCUGCGUAGUGUCUUGGCCUUGCCAAGUAGAAAUAUGACCCCCUUGUGCUCCAUUAAGCUUUGUGGAUAAUUACCGAUAAAACUUGCCCAUCUGUGAAAACGGGCAAAUUUUUAAGUGUUGAACAGCAAUGAGAUUCAAGCUUAGAAGCUGUUGGUUAUAAAUUAGUAGCUUAUUCACUUGAACUACCAAAUUCAGCAGCAAAUCAUCAAAUCAAACAAAAUAUUUGCCCCAUGGUACAAAAUUUGUUUUUAGUUCUUUAUAAAACUUUGUUUUAACAUUUGCAAUAAACAAGACUGAGAGCAGACAGACUUGUUAAAACUGGGUGAGCUAUGUCACUGCAGAGGAACUGUAAAUUAAUUGUGUUUCUCAUAUUUGCAGAUAAAGUCAAUAUGGAUUGAAAUUGUUAAAAUAUUUCAUUAAAUAUUAUCAAUCUAAUUGCUCCCGUUCCCUACCAAGCAGAACAGAAAUGUUCCAGAUUAAAUUUUCAACUGUUGUUGAGUUAGUUGAUCUUAGCUGAAACAGUAGAUAAGAUGUCUAAUUAGCUAGGGCUCUGCAGCUAAAUUAUCUGAAAAUCAGCUAAAGCUUCUGCUUCUGAUCCUGACUCAGCUGUCUUUACUGAAAGUGCAUAGGUCUGGAGGACAGGUGAGGAUUAGGACCAGUUGAAAUGUCCUCUCUAGUCAGACAGCUCCUAAUGUUUAGUGUCAAGGUGUGGAUACUUAGCGAUGGUUGUUAGCUUGGAAUUUUACCAUUGGAAGUUAUUACCUUCAGGAAAGAAGGGGAGAAGAAUUAAUCACAUGAUUUUGUUUGUAUCUAAGCAAAAUGAGUAGCUUUUAUUUGAAAUGAAAAUAUUAUAGAGUAAGGCAGUUUUAAAAUCAGCUGGACAAGUGCCAAACCAUUGUGACUCUGUCAUAAGUAUCAGGGACAAAGCUUAAAUUCUUACACUGUCUGAAAGUUUGAAUUAGCACCUUCCUGACUGUUUGUUUUUGUAUCAUCUAUUGUAAACAAUUUAAUUUCUAUGUGAAACUAGGUCAUUUUCUGAAGCUGGUAAUGCGCUUUGUCUUAUGAUACAUAAUAGUCAUAAAAAGGCACCAAUGCCACUUCUCCCAGUUUCUUUUGCUUGCAAUGUCUUUUGCUUUCUCAAGCUCCAGCAGCAGAACUUUGUUUCAUGUUUCAAAAUAGUUCAGUCGAGUUUAUUCUCUUGGUAUCUAUGCAGCAGAUGAUUAGUGUAAAGUUAAUUUUUUAAAGUUUUAACAGAUUGAAAUACUGUACUCUAAAUUGAAAAUGCUAGAAAUACUCAGAUCAGGCAGCAUCUUCGGAGAAAACAAAAUCUGGCACAUUUACUUGUUUUUCCACUUGCUGUCUAAUCAAAUGAGCAUUACCAGCAUUUUGUACAUUAAUUUAAAAUUUCCAACAUCUGCAGUAUUUUGCUAUUGUUUUAGCUAUUCUAAUUUAUCUGUUCUGGAAAAAGAAAUGUACGCCUUAACCUUCAUUUGUGUGUUCCAUCAUGUUUUUGCUUACAUCAGAAUCAAUGUAAUCUAAGUCUUUAUGUAACUCAUUAGAGCCCAUAGCAACAUGCACCAUCUUAUUGGGAAUCGUUUUGAAUGUCAGACAGAUGUUGUAAUUGGGGAUCUGCAGUUUAGUUUUGCAGCCAGAGUAAUAUGACAGCCUAUAAAAAGUGAAAGGAAAUCUCGUCCGCUCUUAAUCUUUAGAUCUCCUGAAAUCUACACUGGUUGGAUGAAACUCAUAGAGGGUCAUGGAAAUAUACAUAAUGGAAAACUAGAAGAUGUAUUUGCCAAGUCAUAACUGUUUAAGUAAUGUCAAAAAAGCUUUUCUAACAGGGAAGAGAUGAUGUAUUAUAGAGUAUUGUCACAUUAUGCAAUGUAUUUUUAUUACUGUUCAUCAGUCCAGUGAAUACUUGAGAUGGAUUACAAUGCUGUAAUCUAAUUCAGAAGAUUCAGGUUAAAACUAAACUGGGAGAGAUCCUGAUCUAGUGAUAUAAUCUGAAUCCUGGAAACACGUCUUUGAAUUAGCACCUUCCUGACUGUUUUUGUAUCAUCUAUUCUAAACAAUUUAAUUUCUAUGUGAAACUAGGUCAUUUUCUGAAGCUGGUAAUGCGCUUUGUCUUAUGAUACAUAAUAGUCAUAAAAAGGCACCAAUGCCAAAUCUCCCAGUUUCUAAGAAACUCUUCAUGGAUUGCAAGGAAGCAUUCUUUUCUGAUCUUAUAAAUAGUCACACCUGUGCAGUGAAGUGUAUGUUGCUCUUUUCAUGCAUGAACCAGCCACUGUUAAGUGCUGUUAGCAAAGCAAUAUUUAUUGUAUGGGUGUCUACGCUUCGUGAUUUGCAGACAUUAUUGUUUCCAUUUGUCAUAAAUAUUAGAUGUGAAGGGUAAUAUUCAGCCUUUCCCUUUUAAUUCAAUGGUUAAGUCAAAUUCUUCAAUGAUUACAUUUCUUUACAAAUAACAAUUUUGUAUCAUAUAUGUGUAUUUAAUUGGAUAUUACUGAAUUGUUCAUUCUUUCACACAAAAUUUCCUUUCAGGUUAGUUUUCCACUGUUGCCAUCCAUGGAAUAAAUCAGUUCCACUGUUAUUUUUCUAUGAUUCUUUCACUAGUGUACAAAAUUACCAAAUAGUCCAUUGGUGCUGUUCUAAUAUCAACAUAUUGUGAGCUUAAUGCCUGAAAGGAAUAAAAUCUGCAUGGAAUUAUUUAACAACUGCUGAUUGUUCAAUUAACUGAUCAAUGCCUCUGAUCUAUAUUUUUGAGGGGAAGAUAUCUAGACUAGCCAAGAAUUAAGAAUCCAGGCAAGUCUGAUGGGCAUGGGAAAUUUUGAGUCUGCUGGAGUAUGUAGAUAACCUACUAGCAGCAUCCAGUGGCAAACAUCAAGAACUGCAGUGACAGAGUACAUUGCUGCUCUUUACUGCAGUCUUGCACAAAUUAAAUACAUGUCACAAAGUCAUUUGGAUUUUUUUUUAUGCAGCUAAAUCGAAUGCUUUAGUCUCAUUCCAAUAAAAAUUGGCCCUAAUACUGUGCAUGCAGAAUACAAUUACCAUUUACAAUUUUAGAUUGUACCAUACUAUCAAAUGAAUAAAUGUAAGCAGCUAGUUUUAAGAUCAUAAAAGCAGAUUUCUGUCUUCCUUCCUGAUAGAAAAAAAUGAAAAGCACAGUUUCUGUAACACUCAGUCCACGUCACUGGAAAUGCAUUCUGACAAAAAAUGUUGGAAACACUCAACAAGUCUGGCUGCAUCUUUGAAGAAUGAACCAGAAUUAUGGUUUCAGAUUUUCUCAAACAUUACAUCUCUUUAUUUUUCAAACAGCACCAUAGAAUGAAAGUGAAUCAAUUUCAGUUGUGCUUACUCUUGUGCUUAGACAUGAUUUACCAUUAUAGAUGUACAUGGAUCCAAGAGAAUUGAAAACUUAUUUGGAUGAUUGGAUGUAUAGUUUCUUCUUAGUGUGUAAGCCAGAAGCUUGUUCUGCUAUAUAACUCCUCCAUGUACGAAAUCAUUGUUUACAACUGUACUAGAUUAUCAGGAACAGGACACAUUCUCAGGCAGGAAAUAAAUAAAGGACCCAUUUGAAAAAGAUCUGGGGAAAAGAGACUUCUUCCUAAUUUCACCUCAUGUCCAAAGUCGUUAAUAAAUUGUUACUCAGCUUAAUGUUCAUGUCUAUCAGAACUGGUAAAUUAUUCACACUUAAAAAUGAAAUUGUGCUAUUUAAAAAAAUAUCCUUUUAGAACCAAAACCAUAACCAGUGUAUUUUACAUGGUG